AAUGUAUGAUUCAGUCUUUUAGACAUAAGAACUUAAGCUUUCAUCCCUCACCUGGAAGCCUCUGAGUUUCCCCUUUUUCCUACCUCAUUCACUGUUAGAGGUCCCUAGUCUGCUAAUCUGCCCAGUCAUAGGCUUUUCUUGAGUCCUUAUCAGCUUUCCUCAGUGGGUCAAUGUUGUGAAGACUAAUGGAGCCUGGCAGAGUUCCUGCUCCUCCCCCUCUGAUAUCAAAGGGUAGCAGGGCCUGUGACAGAAGACAAACAUUCGGACAUCCAACCGGAGCCAGAUGUGGGACUGAAAGAGCAAGAGGGAAAAAAGCAAGAGCAUCAGGAGCACAGCCAAGAUGGAAAGGCCCAAGUCUGAUAUGGAAGUACUUUAUCCCGAAAUAAUUGUUAAAGUGGGCACAGUCACUCUUGGAGAAGAAAACAGGAAGACAAUGACCAAUAUCUGUUUGAAAAGAAUUGAGAAUUCUAAUAUCAUCAAAGCUACAUGUGCACUGCUAAAUUCUGGAGGGGGCAUAAUCAAAGCAGAGAUCCAUGACAGAAACUAUAGUUACCGAUGUCAUGGGCUGGGACAAGAUCUGGAAACAUCUUUUCAAAAACUCCUUCCUUCAGGAUCACAGAAAUAUCUCGAUUACAUGCAGCAGGGUCACAACCUCCUGAUUUUUGUCAAGGCGUGGAACCCAGAGGCUUGUAGUGCCCCACUAAGGAUUUGCAGUUUGCACUCCAACUUAUAUCAAAGAGCUGUGACUUCUGCUAUCAACUUGAGUGCUAUCAGUGCUUUGGAGCUUCUGCGGGAGAAGCAGUCUAGAGCUCAAAGAGGAAGGCAGAGAGUGAAGGAACUGUGUCCUCAGGAAGUUCUUGACAGGUACAUUCAAGAAGAGGAAGAUAUGAGGAUAUGUGCCGCAGAACUGUUUAAAAAGGACAGACUUGUGUAUAAGGAGAAGCUCAACUUUACUGAGUCAACCCAUGUUGAACUGAAAAGGUUUACCACCAAAAAGAUUGUCCCUCGUAUUAAAGAGAUGCUGCCUCAUUACGUCUCUGCAUUUGCCAACACUGAGGGGGGAUACAUAAUUAUUGGUGUCGAUGAUAAAACCAAGGAAGUGUUUGGCUGUAAGAGAGAAAAAGUGAAUCCUGACUCAUUAAAAAAUGAAAUAGAAAGCUGCAUAAAAAAAUUGCCUACAUACCACUUCUGCUGUGAGAAGCCAAAGGUGAAUUUCACCACCAAAAUUUUGAAUGUGUACCAAAGAGAUGUCCUGUAUGGUUAUGUCUGUAUGGUUCAAGUGAAGCCCUUCUGCUGUGUAGUAUUCACGGGAGAACCGGAUUCCUGGAUCAUGAGGAACGAUUCGAUCACAAAGCUGACAACUGAGCGCUGGGUGCGCCUGAUGUUGGGCAUCCAGUCAGUUCCUUCCUAUUUGGCCACAGAAUACUGCUUUCCUCUGAGUUCACCAGCUUCAUCUGCACAAAGAAGCCUAUCAUAUCCCACAAAGAUCCUGAAAUUAAAGAGGACUCUUCAACAAAGCUUGUUUCCAGUGACUCGGGAAGAAAUACAGUUUAAACCUGAAUCCUUCUGUCAGAAGCUAUUCUCAGAUCACAGAGGACUGAAGGAAUUAAUGAAGAUGCACAUAUAUCCUUGUUCUCAGGGCAUUGUGAUAUUUUCUAAAAGCUGGGCAAGGGAUAUUGGCUUACAGAAAGAGCAGAAUGUUCUGUGUGAUGCUCUCCUAAUAGCCAUGAAUAGCCCUCUGGUGCUCUACACAAUCUUAAGAGACCCUACUUGGAUUGGAGGGUUUGAAUAUGCACGAAAUACAGCUCAACAGUUAAAGCAGAAACUGGGUACUGCCGGUGGCUACACAGGGAAAGUGUGUGUCAUUCCUAGCUUGAUACACCUGUCCAGCAUAGGGCACAGGCCCAGUGAAAUGCCAGUGCGUUAUCCCCAGUCCUACAGGCUUCCUAAUGAAGAGGAAAUGGAAGACUUGUUGCAAGCUCUUAUAGUGGUCUCUAUGAGCUCUUGCUCUCUCUUAAGUGACCAACUGAGCAACGAAUUUCUCAACUUGCUUAUCGAGGAGCAGUGUGAGCUGCUUUCAGAGAGCCUUCAGGAGACACGAGAAUUGCUCAUCUAUUGCUUUCCAGGAAUCAGAAAGACAGCCAUAGCCAUAAAGAUCAUCACGAAAAUUAAGGAUUUAUUUCACUGCAAACCAAAAGAGAUCCUCUAUGUUUGUGAAAAUGACUCCUUAAAGGAUUAUGUGAUGGAACAAAAAACCUGCCAGGCUGUGACCCGCAGAAACUUUAUGCGAGGGGAGUUCCUAAAGAUAAAGCACAUUGUGAUGGAUGAGACUGAGAAUUUCUGCAGCACCUAUGGCGAUUGGUACACUAAGGCUAGAAGCAUCACCCACCCCAACGUGAGGGGGGCUGGAAGUGAGAACCCUCACCAUGGGAUUCUCUGGCUUUUUCUGGAUCCUUUCCAAGCCCGUCGUGCAGACGUCAGUGGUCUCCCCCCUCCAUCAGCUCAGUUUCCUCGAAAAAUCAUCACUGAUGGGGUCCACUGUGCCCUGGAAAUAGCGAUGGUCAUGAAAGAAGAAAUGGUGAGGAUCAAAAACAAUCCUCCCUCCAACCUGUCUCCAGACACGCUGGCUUUGUUCCGGCAAGCUGCCUACGAGAAGACCAUGUGUGCGCAGGCUCCACGGGGGGUGUGUGAGACAUGGACCAAUCUGACAACAGAACAAAUGGCAGAACAUGUGACCAGGAAAUGUCAUGAUCUGUUUCAACAGGGCUACCUGCCCCAAGACGUGGCAAUUCUGUGCAGGAGACGAGAGGACCGAAGACGUUAUGAGGCUGCACUGCUAAGUGCAAUGGAAUUAAUUGAGAUUCCUGGAGCAACAGAAGUCGUGUUCAACCACGCUGCUGGUGUUUGGGGCCCUCACAUCAUUUUGGACAGUCUUCAGCAGUUUUCAGGCCUGGAGAGGAACAUUGUGUUUGGGCUUAGUCCAGAUUGUACCCUGUCAGAGGAACUUCAUAAGCUCCAGUUUGCCUCAAGAGCCAUCAAACAUCUUUACUUGCUUUAUGAGAAAAAGAUGGGUUUCUGAAAAUUAUUUUAAAUGACUCAGAAGGCCAGAAGAUGGCAAUCCCUUUC